UUUGAUUUCACAACGAGAUUCAAUAUUGACCCACUUAGCAACAUAACACCGACUGGAGAUUCGCUGAGGCAAAGAAGUCUUAAAAUGGACACAGAAUAUCUAAAACAGCAGCUUGGCCCCUGCCUGUCUGAUUGCUUGGCAGAGGUGUGUGAGAAGAGGCCACAUGAUCCCAUAGAAUUCAUCGCACAAAGAUUAUAUAAACAUGUAGAUAACUUAAAAUAUUAUCAGCAGAAAGAUCUAGAGGCAAAACAAAUAAAAAAGGAAGAAAUUGAAUAUCAGCUAGAGUUAGAAAGACAAGCAAUCAGAGAAGAAGAAGCAGAGAAAUUUGCACAGGAACGAGCUCAAAAGGCAGCAGCAGCUAGUGAUACAUCAGAAGAAAAAUCUAAGAGUGCAACAGCUGUCCCUGGGGCCCCCAAUCUCCCCACUGUGAUGGAGGGAGACGAGCCCACGGAGGAACAGAAGGCAGCAGCUGCAGAAGCAGAGGGUGCAGCCACAGCAGAACCAGUGGCAGAAGAAAAGAAAGAGGAAGAAGCAGAGAUGGCAGCAGAGGAAGGUGAGGGAGAGGGGACAGAGGAGCAGGCUGAGGAAGAAGGAACAGGUGCUGCAGAAGAGGGGGAACAGCAGGCAGAGUAAAACAAAGACUGAUAAGAUAAUUUUAUUUUAAAGACUUCUUGCUACGUCAAAACCACACUGCUACACUUGCCGGCAUCUUUUAUUGUGAAAUAAAAGGAGGUUUUAUCAAGAGGAACAAUGAAGUAUUGUGAGAUAAGAAUUUUCCAAUUCUGGAAGAUAGAAUGGGUAAUUUUUCUGUUUGGGGCUAUAUUUUAUAUGAUCAUCAUACUUAUCACUCGUCAACAUUUUAUCAAUCAGCGCAUAUGAUUUUCACUUUAUAUGUUACUUGUAACAAGGGACCACUGGAUUAGCACUUUUUUUAUCUACCAUGUCUGUGCUGAUGUUUAUACUUGUAAGUUAUUUGUUGAAGAAUCUCUGAUUAUAUUUUAGUUCCUUCCACAGACUUUUUUGUAAGUUUAAUAAUUUCAAAUAAUGUUACACGCAGACACAUGCACACAUACAAAUACUGUGAUUGUGAUUUAAACAUGGGUAUUUUAAACUUGGGUUUUAAUUUGGAGUUUAAAUGUUGAAAAUCAACCAUUUACUUUUGAGAAGUGUCACAAACCAUGACAGCUGAAUUUCUCGAAACAGAAAUUCUGCCACUAAGCAAUACCUCAUUAUCUGAUUUAUGAUACAUUGUAAUUUAUUGAAUGCAACAUGUUAUAGCAGGUCUUUUAGAAAAUUACAGUCACAUUUCUGCAUUCAUGACUCAUCAGUGGACCAACAUGUACCUGUAACAGUAUGUAAAUAUUUUAAAUAAAGAUAUAUCCAAUUCA